AUGAACGGAACAAGCUCAACCUCGCCCUCGCCUCUUUCCCACUUCGAGCCCGUUGCAGUGAUUGGAUUUGCCUGCCGACUCCCAGGGAACAACAACUCCCCAACAGCACUCUGGGACUUCCUCGAACGUGGCGGAGUGGCGAGUCGGGCUGUUCCAGCAUCACGCUUCAACCUGGCAGGCCACGAGGACGGCAGCAAGCGACCGAGUACAAUGCGCACGCCGGGAGGAAUGUUCCUUGAGAAUAUCGAUCUCGGGGAUAUCGAUGCCCAAUUCUUCGGUCUCUCCCGUGCGGAAGCCACAGCAAUGGAUCCGCAGCAGCGCCAGUUGUUGGAGGUCGUGUAUGAGGGGUUGGAGAAUGCCGGGAUUACUCUGGAGCAGUUAAGAGGACAGGAAGUUGGAUGCUUUGUCGGGAGUUAUGCGUCAGACUAUGGUGAUAUCCAAGCCCGAGAUCCGCAGGAUCGCGCGCCUAAUUCAACCGUGGGCAUUGGACGCGCCAUGCUCAGUAAUCGUUUGAGUCAUUUUCUGGACAUCAAGGGGCCGAGUAUGACCAUCGACACAGCAUGCUCCGGUAGCCUAGUCAGCCUGGACGUAGCCACGCGAUACCUGCAAACGGGAGAGAUCGGAGCCGCGAUAGUAGCCGCGUGCAAUCUAUACAUGAGCCCAGAGCACUGCAUUGACAUCAGCAGCAGUAUCAUUAACGCUGCAUCCCUCACGGGCCUCUGCCAUACGUUUGACGCCAAAGCCGACGGGUAUGUCAAGGCCGAAGCGGUUAACAUGGUGAUCGUCAAACGACUGCAGGACGCUAUCCGUGACCGGGACCCAGUCCGGGCUAUCAUCCGGGGAUCGGCUUCUAACAGUGAUGGCUGGACAGCUGGAAUUGCAAGUCCGAGCUCGGAAGGACAGGCUGCUGUUACGCGACAGGCUUAUCGCAUCGCGGGAAUUACUGACCUCAACGCCACCUCGUAUGUCGAAUGCCAUGGGACGGGCACCCGAGCUGGAGAUCCAAUUGAAGUCAAAGGGGUGGCAUCGGUGUUUUGUCCAGAUAGACCUGCGGAAAGGCCGCUGCUGAUCGGCUCGAUCAAAAGCAACAUCGGCCACUCUGAGCCCGGGGCAGGCAUCUCUGGCUUGCUAAAGACGAUUCUUGCAUUGGAGAAAGGCAUCAUUCCCGGAAACCCUACCUUUGAGACACCGCAUCCCGAGAGCAUGUCAAUUGACUUCGAGGGCCUAAAGACGCGAGCCUUUAAACAUGCCAUCCCGUGGCCCAGCAUGCCUUUCAGGCGGGCGAGCGUGAACUCGUUUGGAUACGGCGGCUCCAACGCCCACGUCAUCCUAGACGAGGCGAGAACGAGUGUAUCUGACUCGACGAUGUGUUUCAAGUCGUCCUAUCUACCUGAGAACCACGAUCCGUUCGAAGAAGGCGAAGGGACCGAGACAGGCUUCCCACAACUUCUCGUGUUUUCAGCUAACCACGAGGAAUCACUCAAGCAGUACCUUCGUGCUCUGCGGAAACACCUCAUCAACCCCCGCGUGAGGAUCUUACUGCCGGACCUGGGGUAUACGCUAUCAGAACGGCGGACUCGGCAUUUUAACCGUGCAUUUCUGAUUACACGGACCAGCUCAGAUAUCGAUCUCCAUGGUCUGGUCUUCGGGAAGCUGCGUCCGAGCCCCCCACGGGUAGGCUUUAUUUUCACGGGACAAGGGUCUCAAUGGCCUCAGAUGGGGAAAUCUCUGCUGGAUAUGUUUCCUUCGGCACAGAAUCAGCUAGCUCGCCUAGAUAAGGCACUGCAGUCACUUCCUGAUCCUCCAGAAUGGUCAUUGUACGACGAAUUGACGUUCCCAAGGACACCAGACCAUAUCCGACAGCCAGAGUUCUCGCAGCCGUUAAUCACAGCCCUGCAGCUGAUCAUGCUCGACAUCUUGCGGAAGUGGCGAGUUCACCCGUGUGCUGUGGUCGGCCACUCUUCCGGCGAGAUAGCAGCUGCCGCUGCAGCUGGUCUUUUGUCUCCCGAAGAAGCGAUCCAGAUUGCAUACUACCGAGGAAAAGCGGUUGUUGAGCGACGCGAUACGGCCUCGUCGCCAACGGGUAUGCUUGCGGUAGGCUUAGGUGCAGGCCAUAAGGCUCUUGAAGAACUUCUCGAGGCACAUGGUGAUUCAAUGGCCGUUGCCUGCAUCAACUCCCCCGGAAGCGUCACAUUGUCAGGCACUUUGGAUGUCCUCAGAAAGGCGAAUGCGGUGACCCAGGAGAAGGGACACUUUGCCCGCCUUUUGCAGGUCGACAUGGCUUAUCAUAAUUCCAUUUUUAUGACAGAUAUCGCUGCACACUAUAAGCAGAUGUUGCUUCGCCUGGGGCUUUACUCCGCCUCGUCAACCUUGGCAAAAGCAAAUGAUGAACAGCGAACUGUAAAGAUGUUUUCUUCCGUGACGGGGUUGAAGACUAACAAUCCUUGCGAUGCCGAGUACUGGUGUUCGAAUAUGCAAUAUCCCGUUCUGUACAGCCAGGCAGUUCAGACAAUGCUAAAUGACGAACAGCAAUCGGUCAAUUUUCUUAUUGAACUUGGCCCGUCGGGUGCACUCGCUGGCCCUACCAAGCAGAUCAUAAAGUUUAUGCAGGACAAGCAACCAGAUCUUGCCAUUGAAUACCAUGCCGCGUACAAGCGCGACGUGGUUACCGCAGCCAUGGGACUUUUUGAGGUGGCGGGUUAUCUUUAUCUGUCAGGCGGCGACGUCGACAUCCAACAGGUCAAUUCACACAAUGCUCAUGGGGAUCAAGAGCAGGAUCCGCCGUCCGUAAUCGUAGAUCUCCCCAACUACGCCUGGAACCACUCGACAAAAUACUGGUAUGAAAGCCAGUCCAGCCGAGACUGGCGGUUCAGGCGCUAUCCAAACCACGAUCUACUAGGUAGCAAGAUUCUAGGGACGUCGUGGUUAGCGCCUUCCUUCAGAAAGGUCCUGCGCCUUGCAGAACUGCCAUGGCUGAGCGACCACCGGGUCGCUGGCCAGCCUCUGUUUCCGGCGGCUGGGUAUAUUGCCAUGGCCGUUGAAGCUGCUUACCAGACUGGUCAGCAGAGCGGGGCAAUCGACGCGGGCCUAGAAGUCUCGCAGCUCGCGUAUAGGUUUCGCAACAUCAAGUUCGUCAGGGCCCUGGUUUUGGACGAGGCUACACCAUCAACUUUGAUGCUUUCAUUGAGUCCUGAGCGUGGCUGGUAUAAGUUCUCGGUCUACACAGCGGAUGGCGAGAAUGUCUCAACUCUUCACUGUGAGGGGUUAGUCUCACUCCAUGUUGAUGUCGACGAAGCUCCACUCUCAAAUGCCGUAAAGCCGCUGCUCUAUCCAACCCCCGCCAGGUUAUGGUACAAGGCCAUGGGCGAAGUCGGGUACAACUUCGGUCCAGCGUUCCAAGCACAGCUGCAAAUAGAAUCCGUAGCAGGGAGUCGACAUAACAGAGCUCUAGUGUCGCUUGCAGGGCCUCAAUCAGCGUACGCUCAAUCACCCUACUCCAUCCACCCGGCCGUCCUAGAUGGCUGUUUGCAGUCCGGGGCUCCGGGGCUAUGGAACGGGAUUCGGAGUGCAGUACAAGAAUGUCUUGUGCCAGCUAUUGUAGAGGAUCUUGUCAUCAAGGUACGAAAGACUGCUGCUGAAUUGGGAGCCGCGGACUGCUCUGCCGAGUAUUCGGGCGUUGGGUCGCGAGAGGAACCAUGCUCGUAUAAGUCAAAUAUCAUUGUUUCGGACUCAACCACGGGGAAUAUGCUAAUCGGAGUCAGAGGUCUGACAUAUUCGGCGCUCAAUCAAAGGGAAGCCUUCGACAACUGUACUCCUAAUAUGCGGUUGGAGUGGAAGCCGGAUAUCUCGUUCCUCUCCCACGGCCAACUGUAUGAGGUGCUGGAAUCUUGCGACACCAGAGUUGCGCAUAAUGGUGCUUUUAGUGGCUCUGCGGCACAGUCAUUUAUCAGCCUGCUCCUUCACAAGCAACCAGCGCUACGCGUCCUGGAAGUCAACAUGGCACCAUCGACGGACAGCAGCCUUUUUGCCAUUCUUAACCAUAUCCCAUCUACCGCGAAAGGUGCUGUAGAUUAUCACUUCGUAACCAGUAAUGCCGCUAGUCUGGUGGCUUUUCAAGAAACGGCUGUCGGCUGUGGAUUAUCAAACGUUCAAUUGAGCGCUCUGGACGUGUCUGGGCCUGAUAUAGAUCCCCAUCUGUUCGGGGACAAGGCGGACCUGGUUAUCCUGACAGUAGGAGACCGGAUUUAUGGAGAAAAGCUGGAUAACACCGUUGCGAAUAUUACUACGCUUCCUCGGAAGAGUGGUUUUAUCCUCAUUCUCGCGCAUCGGUCGUCGACAAACCAAGCGAGCGCGCAACUUUGGGACCGGCACUCGACAAGCAUCAAUGAUGCAUUCAGCGAGCAUGGCUUCAAGCAAUCCGUGGCAUUUGAGGAAGGUCCUGAAACACACGCUAUCGUGGGUCAACUGUUGUUGCCUGUUCAGGAGCCAUCUGCUGAACUUCAGGUCAGCCUGGUUCUUCUGUCGAGCCUGUCAGAUUCAGCUUUGGCCAGCCAGAUGCUUGCCGAGUCCGGAGUUACAGUGGUUGGGAUCCAUCAUCUACCCCUUGGGAAAAUCCAAAAAGGUUCAAUCAUACUCAUAACCGAUGAAAUGUUCAGGCCGGUGCUCGCCGAGGUCAAGCAGGAGCAGUGGGAAGCCAUACAGCGGAUCCUCGCCUUUGGAUGCAAGGUCGUCUGGGUGACAUGCGGUGCUCAGAAGGAUGUUGUUAGUCCACGCCAGGCUCUGGUCUCUGGUCUGUCCAGAGUCGUCCGGGCUGAAGAUCCAUCCAUCAGCUUCACUCUCCUUGAUGUGGAAUCUCCCUAUAGCAAAGAGUCCUUCCGGGCGAUUGCUGACGUGCUCGAAAGAGUUCGCAAUAGCGACAAUUCAACUGACCUGGUCGAUGAAGAGUAUGAGUACGUGGAGCGCGGCGGCAUCAUCCACGUGAGUAGAAUCUACCCUGAUAUUGCAAGCGGCGACGAUGGCAAAGCCGUGAUCCAAAACCUUCACAAUCAUCCCUCCUGUGUUCGUUUAACAUGCCAGGCGCCUGGUUCCUUGGAGUCGCUGCAAUUCACAGAGAUUGGGCCCAUGGAAGCUGCUGUGCCAGAUGGCCUUGUCGAGGUUGAGAUGCAUGCAGCAGGUCUCAACUACAAGGACGUCGCAACAGUUCUCGGGAUCGUCCCUGAAAAUCAGUUCCUACUCGGACUGGAAGGAGCCGGGGUCAUACGGCGCAUUGGCAGCCACGCAGGAGACAGCGCCUUCUUCAUUGGGCAGAGGGUGGUUAUUUGUCGACGAGGCAGCUUUGCCAACAGGGUGCAAUGUCCCAUCGAGGGGGUCCACGCUAUUCCGGACUGGAUGAGUUUCGAAGAGGCAGCUACAAUCCCCGUCGUAUAUCAAGCUGCACUGUAUAGCCUCGCUGACCUUGCCGAUGUCCAGCGCGGGCAGUCGGUGCUUAUCCACUCAGCGGCUGGAGGACUCGGUAUUGCUGCGAUCCAGUUGUGUCAGUAUAUAGGCGCGGAGAUCUAUGCUACCGUGGGAAGUGACGAGAAGCGAGACUUUCUUAUCCAAAACUUCAACUUGUCGCCUGACCGGCUCUUCUCGUCUCGAGAUACGGUAUUCGCAUCCCGCAUCGUCGAGCAGACUGACGGAAGGGGGGUGGACGUUAUUCUCAACACCUUGACGGGCAGCUUGCUGGACGAGUCAUGGCGCAUCAUAGCAGCCCACGGCACAAUGGUCGAGCUGGGGAAGAAGGAUAUCCUCGAUCGAAAUAGUCUUUCCAUGGAACCCUUUGACCGCAAUGCCUCGUAUCGCGCCUUUGACCUGUCGCAUCCGAGUAUCACGCGGCCGAUGGUGGCAAGUCUUCUGAAGCGUAUAUUUGAUCUGAUAAACGGAGGCCAUAUCCGGCCGAUUGCACCGCGGACUGUGUUCGGGUACAGCGACAUCGCAGGGGCCAUCCGUUACAUGCGAGGCGGUGCUCAUAUUGGUAAAAUCAUCAUCUCCCGAGAAGCGCCUCAGAACUGCCCAGAUGUGCCAAUAGUACCCGUGCAGAAAAGUCUCAAGCUGCGCGGUGAUGUCUCGUACCUGAUCGUCGGCGGCCUGAAGGGCCUCUGUGGGAGUCUGGCAACAUAUCUGGCGUGCCACGGAGCAAAGCAUCUAACCGUAAUGUCCCGCAGCGAUUACGCGGACGACAAGUCGCAAGCCGUACUGAGAGACCUCACUUCACUAGGUGCCAACUGCAGUCUAGUUCGCGGGGAUGUGUCGGUCAAGGAGGAUGUGGAAAGAGCGUUCUGCCAAGGCUCGCGUGCAGUGGGAGGAGUCAUCCACGGGGCCAUGGUCCUCAGCGACGCCGUCUACACCUCCAUGACCGCCGCCCAGUUCCACGACGCCCUGCGCUGCAAAGUCCAGGGAACCUACAACCUGCAUGAUGUUGCGCUCCAGCUCGGCCUCGACCUCGACUUCUUCACCCUCUUGUCCAGCCUCUCCGGUCUUGUCGGCCACAAGGGCCAAGUCAACUACGCUGCAGCCAGUGCUUUUCUAGACUCCUUCGCCCUCUACCGGCGGAAGAAAGGUCUCGCUGCUUGCUCAAUCGACCUCGGGAUCAUCAAUGACAUCGGCUAUAUGGCCGAACACCAAUCCAUCACGGACCGACUGGACACCGAGACCUGGAUACCCCUCAGCGAGGCCCAGCUGCACCGAAUCCUCCGCGCAUCCAUUCUUCAACAGCGGGAUCAGCGCAGCAGUGGCACUGGCACUGCUCAGCUGUUAACAGGCAUUGCAUAUCCCGCGCCCGCCGUGUCCUCUGCACUCUACCAAGACGCGCGUUUCGCGGCCCUCCGCCAGAAGAGCGCAACCACCAACACCACCAGCAUCUCCGCCAAUAGCGGAACCCAUGACGCGAAAGUGCAGGCUGUACUCACCCUCGUUUGUGCCAAAGCCGACGCAACCGCUCAGAUAGCGGCCAUGAUUGACGCCGCAAAUGACCAUUUCAUGCGCAGCCUGGCUCUGUCUGAACCCAUGGAGGCGGCAAGGCCGCUUGUGCUUUACGGACUGGACUCGCUGGCCGCGGUGGAGUUCCGGAAUUGGGCGCGCAGGGAGUUGGAUGUUGUGGUCAGUACGUUGGAUGUCGUUGGUGCGAAGACGCUGAGUGCGCUUUGCGAGAUGAUGGUGGGGAGGUUGGCUGGCUAG